AUGUUCAGCGGUCAGAGCGACAAGCCGAAGGGAGCGAAGCAGGCUCCCUCCGUUAAGGGAGGGGCAGAACGCCGUCGGCGCCAGAUGGUCAGUGUACGGCACAAGGCCCACGGAGAAAUGAUGAAGCACGUUCGGGAGGACCACAACGACGGCGAAGGUGGCCAGGUCCUUGAAGGAGAAGCAAUGAACGUCUGGGCAUACAACGACAGGACACGCCCUGACGCUGUUCCACGGGCGCUGCUUCCUGAAUUUGUCCGUAUGGUGAUGGAGGGGCCGACAGAUAAUGAGCUAUUUCACGGAACACUGAUGAUCCGCAAGCUACUUUCUGUGGAGCAGCAGCCACCACAAGAUGCUGUGACGCAGAGUGGUGUUAUUCCGUACCUUGUUAAUCUCUUGGAACGCACAGAUUACCCACAGCUGCAGUUUGAGGCCGCAUGGGCGCUGACGAAUGUGGCGGCCGGCACCACACAGAAUGCAGUUCAUCUUGUUGAGUCGGGCGCAAUGCCUCGAUUUGUGGGACUCCUCGGAUCGGAGCAUGCGGACUGCCGUGAUCAGGGUGCGUGGGCCAUUGGAAACAUGGCUGGGGAUGGUGUUAGCUGCCGCGAUCUGGCCUUGCAAUGCAAUGCCAUACCCGCACUGCUUCAUGCCUUGUCUAUUCCGGAUCAGCCAAUCAAUGCUGCUCGCAACGCUGUGUGGGCUGUGUCGAACUUGUGCCGUGGAAAGCCGCCACCGGCGCUGGAAAGUGUGGCAAUUGCCCUCCCAAUGCUCGGAAGCCUACUUCACCACCCAGAUAAGGAGGUGGUAACAGACGCCUCGUGGGCGAUUUCGUACAUCAGUGAUGGACCACAUGAACGUGUGCAGGCCGUGAUAGAUGCGGGUGUCAUACCCCGCGUGGUGGAGCUCCUUGCAUCACCACUGACGCCUCUACAGACUUCGUCGGUACGCACGAUCGGCAACAUCGCCAGCGGUGACGAUUCACAGACACAGAUUAUCAUCAAUUGUGGUGUCCUGGGAUUGAUGGGGCCGCUCCUGACACACCGCAAGCGUGAGAUCCGCAAGGAGACCUGUUGGACCAUCUCCAACAUUGCGGCGGGGUGUGCGCCACAGAUCGAUGCCCUCGUAUCUUCAGAUAUAUUCCCGUUGGUGAUUAAAUGUCUGGAAGGUUCAGAUCUCGAUGUGAAGAAGGAGGCAGUUUGGUCAAUCGCCAAUGUCACACUCUGCGGUGUUGCGGAUCACCUGCGCUAUCUGUUGAAUUGCAACGUGAUACCUCCACUGUGUGACACUCUGACGACUCAUGAAUCAAAGAUUCUCACAGUUGCCCUUGAGGCCCUGUUGGGAUUCCUUCAGCUAGGCGAGGACGAUUAUAAGGCAGGCCAUACUCCAGAAAACAUGGUUGCACGAGCGAUCAUUGAGUGCGGUGGCGUAGAUUCGAUUGAACGCAUGCAGUCAUAUACAGACAAGAAUGUGUACACCAUGGCCCUUCAUAUCCUUGAAACGUAUUUUAAUAUUGAAGAGGGAGCCCCGAACGAGAGAUUUGACAUGGCAAUGGAGUUUGGCGAGGGUGAAGAUAAACCAAGGAGCGCAGGCUUUGAUUUUUGA